UGGGAGCGUUGGGACGGAUGGACACAAGAAAAGGGAUUUCAAGACCCGGCUAUGAAUUCAUUCAAUCACUACUCCUUGGGAUCAGUCGGUCGAUGGCUCUUCCAAUCGAUGGCCGGUAUUGACACUCAUGAGGAAGGCGUGGGAUUCAAGAGUAUAGUAAUCGCACCGAAACCCGGCGGUAAUCUUCAUAAAAUGACGGCUCGGUAUCAGUCUAUCAAUGGCUUAAUUGGGAUGAGUUGGGAGACUAACGGCGCGAACAUUACUUUAACAAUCGACAUUCCGGUCAAUACGAAAGCAUUGAUUGACUUAUCAUUCCUGAAGCAACCCCUUCACACAAAUGUGGGCUCCGGUAGGUAUGUCUAUGAGGGAGAGCUGACACAACCAUUCACUCAAAUAUUG